CAAGAAAUUUAUCUGAAAUUGAAAAUGAAAAUAAUAAUAAUAUGCAAAGAAAAAAUAAAAUGAAUCAUUCGGAUAAAACAAAUGAAAGUUCCAAAAAUUCAUAUAAUAAUGAAACAGUUACAUUAGAAAAUAAACCUUACAAUGAUAUAUCAAAGAAUUUAACAGAAAAGGAAUUAUAUGAUGUAUUAAAUUCAUUAAAAGAAUGUCCACCCAACGAAGAUCUUAUAAAUAUAUGGUCUCACACAGUUGGUGUUGGAAACGAAGGUUUUGAAAAUAUAAACAAAUCUUUAAAGGGAUUUAUGGAAAAACAUUUAGAUAAUGAUGUUUAUAAGAAUUCUGUUAGUAGUAGUGUACGAAAAUAUAUAUAUAAAUGGAUAUGGGAAAGAAUUAUUCGCAGGUUUUAUAGAACAGUAGCAACUGAAGAGGUAGAAUACACUAAAAAUUUUUAUAGUUUAAUUAAAGGUGAUCAUACACUUGAUGAUAUAUUAAAAUUUAUUUACUCAUUCUUACAAUAUUUUCAAAUAUUAAAAAAAGAAUUACAUGAAAAAACUCAAACGGAACUAUUACAUAAAAUGGCUAUAUUAUUGAAUGAAAAUCAUUAG